CGAUUCAAAAAAUGUGCAGCGUUGGUUAAUACAGUACGUGUAUAUCUAGUAAUCUGUAUGUUUACUCCUGCGGGGGUUAAAUUAUUAAAUUUACUUACUUUAUUUUAUUAUAAUAAAAUGACUAUUAUUCUAAUAAUUAUUGUUGCCUGGGCCGAUUUUGAUUGCCAUCAUUUUAUCAUGCCUUGAGACGUUUCCUGGAAGUUACUAAAUAUUUAACCAAGCAGAGAUGAGUGUUUAUACUGGAUGAGCUGAGCUUCAGAGUGGAACACAGUUCAUACGCUGCUUUUCCACUCACUAGAAUUACAUUGUGCCCCUACUAUAUGCGCGCGCGCACACACACACACACACACACACACACACACACACACACACACUGCAUGUCAGACUCCCCAGCUUCAAAGUGAUGGGACCGAGAAACGCAGCAGUGACGUGACAGCAGAGAUGCUGGACCCCGUCGAACCGGGGAUCUGCACUGGAUUUCCCUUCACCUUGAGGAGCAGCACAGUCCAAACAGGCCCAAUCCAGCCUGUGUUGAACCGCGUUCAACGGAGCUGUGCAGGAUCAACCCUGUGACUGCUGGAGCUGCGCAGGCUUUGAACCUGCAUGACAUCUGUAAACACUGGAGUCUGGCCGCGGCUCCGGCGCAGGAAUACGUCUCAGCUGCUGCACAUUUGACCUCUCACUUCCUGAACCUUUUAAGACGCCGAGCGGAGGAAGUCAUUACCAAAAAGGCUGAGGCUUCCGUGCGCGCUGGCGGCGCCGUCAGGUGGUUCUGUCUUCAGCUCCGGCGGCCGAGGCCGAGCGGCUCCUGACCUGUUUUUCCACCGAUGGGCUCAGUCGACACCUAGUUUCCUCAUUCCCCUUCGUCUGUUGCGUCAUCUCUGCUCCUCUCCCUCUGUUUUUCAUUGUGCUCCAGGUUGGCAGGCAACACCAGGGAUUCUACAAAUAUCAAAAUAAACCGAACAUGAGUGCGCUGAGUGAAAUCGCCCGCAAAUUCCUCCUGCUCUGUUCCCUGCGCACACGAGCCGCCAGCGUUAAGAGAACCGUGCUGUUCAAAAGCCAGAAUUUACCACUGUGUUUGUUUUUGGUGUUUAUGUGGCACAUUCCACUUAAAAAUAAUUUCAUUUUGAAAACAAAGGGGGGGUUGGGGUUAAUGUUGGGCCACGUUGCCUCCAACAUUUUUGUCAUUCCCAUGCGCUUGUGUGCGCAGGGUCUCCAGCUUCUUGCGUUUCCUUCGGUUCGUGUCUUAUUGGGGUUUUCAGCUCACCUCGUACACGCUCACGAUCUGUGUUCAGUCAUUUGUUCAGGCACAGAGUUCACGGGCAGGUUGCAUUGGUAAUGCUGAGCUCAGAGUCGCUCAGUUCAAUAAAUACUCAGCAUGGGAGCUCCCUUUCAGCGCCUGAAUAAUUGAUGGAUCAAACUUGGAACUUACAAAAGGAGGCAAUUUAAUCUCCUGACGCUUUAAUGAGCGGGGCCGAGUUUCCCGGGGCUCCUGUGAAUGCGGCCGGCGGUGGGGAGAGGCUCGCAGUCGGGGAUGACGGGUGGCGCCGCGGACCCGGCCCCGGAGCAGAGCGGCCCGUUUGGUCCCGUCUCCCGCCCGCGCGGCGUGCGAGAGCGGACGCGGGGAGGCCGAGGUGGGCUCUUGGCAGGUUGCGCGCUGUCGUGGGAGUGCCGGGUUAUGAAAGAGGCUCUGGCACAUGUCUUGAGUUACUCAGUGCUGGAAAGGUUGAGUUCUGACUGGUCCAAAGUCUUAGCAUGUCCCGUUCUCUAAUCAUCACUCUCUGAAGUAACAAACAGGUGCUGCAGAAGACUGGCCGCGCCGCUCUGUUGGAUCUCUAAUGUAAAUAAGACUUUAUCUGAGAAGUGUCCAUGACAUUAUGACUAAUUAAGUGUUAAGGACUAAAUAAAUUUUCUGGAGGGGAAGAGAGUCUGACGCGUUUUCCAAGAGACGCUAACCUUGAAUGCAGCACAGCUUUGCACUGUAACCGGACAGAAAUACAAUAAAAUGACUUUCAUUUACUGGAAUUCAAAGAAUUCAGUGUUCAGACGUUGAGACGCAGCAAACGGCAUCGUCCAUAGUGUGAUUCCAAACCACAAGCGGCAGCCAAAUAUGGACUUAUUGUUGUGUAUUGAGCUGUGAAGGAGGACCUAACGUGUUCUGUGUGCUCUUCACACACAAGAGCUUUAGAUAAAAGGGAGAGAAUGACACGACUGCAGCAAAAACAGAUCCCUGAACCUAAUGGCACAUACAGAUUUAAAGAAAAUCUAUCAAAUCCUGCCGUGAUAAAUUAUUUGAUGGACAAGUAAUUGUUCCUCAGGCCCGUUUUUAACCCUGUCCCCGCGCGUUCGUCUCCUCUGCAGGGACGAGCAGGUGUGCUGUCGCGCGUAGCCCACAACGAGGUCCAGCCUUUUCCAGCCCGCGAGCCCCGACUCGGCACCUUUAACGAGACGCACGCCUGCGCCGACAGCCGUCCGCUUCCAAACAGCUGGUUCCCUGCUUCUCCGCGCGCUCACCCCAGGCUUCAUGGGUUGAACCACCAGGAGGUCGACACUCUCCUCCUCCUCCUCACCCUCCGUGCAACCUCUCGCCUCCCCCCCACCCCCUCCGUCCUGCAGCCCGGCUCCGCUCCGCUCCGCUCCACUCCCUUCACCCGCGCCGCAGCCAGCGUGAUGCCUCGCCGUGCCUCGGGCUCGCUCGGACCUGCGACCGCAGCGUCGUGCUCCGCUCCACAGAGCUGCCGACCCGGCAGUCACUAGAGUGAGCGGCGCCACAAGCCAGGGGAGGGGGAGCGGGAGAGUGAAGAGGAGCAGGACCACCGCGGAGAGGGAGGAUCACGGUCCGGGCGGCAGAGGGACCCACCUUACCCGCAGAGGAAGGGGGCCCCCCCACCUGAUCCAUCCGGUUGCAGGGGGGGACCCUGCGUGGCCGACAAGGCAGCAGGGACUAUGCAGCUGAGACUGUUGGCACUAGCAAUGGUUUUCCUCAGCUCUGUGGGUCCCAGCGAUGCUCUGAAGCUCUCCAAGGCGAGGAGGCAGAGACGCGUUAGUACGGAGGGGCCGCCAUCUUGCUCUAAAGGCUGCGAGCGAUGCUCCGAGUACAACGGCUGCAUUAAGUGCAAGCCCAAGCUCUUCAUGUACCUGGAGCGCAAUGACAUCCGUCAGAUAGGCGUGUGCCUCGCGUCCUGUCCCGUGGGAUACUUCGGCAUGAGGAACCCAGAAGGCAACAACAGAUGCACCCAAUGUAAAAUAGACAAUUGUGAAGCGUGUUUCAAUCGCAAUUUUUGCACAAAAUGUAAGGAGGGCCUGUAUUCACACAGUGGCCGAUGCUACGUGAGCUGCCCUCCAGGCCAGCGUACGGCCAAUCAGACCAUGGAAUGUGUCGAUUGCGAUCUGGGCGAGUGGAGCCAGUGGGGCUCUUGCAUGAAGAAGAACAAAACGUGUGGAUUCAAGAAGGGCUCGCAGUCCCGGGUGCGCGUGCCCCUCGUGCAGGUCCACGGCCCAGAGAGCGCGCCAGCGUUGGGGUCCUCGCAGACCUGCACUCCUCAGACGGAGAGGAGGAAGUGCGUCGUGACCAAGACGCCGUGUGUGAGAGAGAGGAAGACUAAAGACAGUCGCCGGGACGAUUCCAGCAGGAGGGGGAGGGAGAACACUCGCGGGCGAGGCCGAGAUGCUAAGGAUGGAAGCAGAGGCGGAGGAGGAGGAGGCGGGAGGAGGAGGAAAGGUCCCAGCUGGACGACCACCGCUCCGAGCAUCACGACCAGCUCCGUCACCUAGAGCCCGACGGCGCUGCAGGACGGGGCCAAAGUCCCGGACGCUGCCUCGUCCAGCACAGCGCCAGAGACUGGGAUCGGAGCCAUGAAGGAACGGGAGCAACGCUGCUAUGCAUUUGAGAAGAUGCAAAGAGAACUGGAGGACUGCUGCGACACAAGAGCCCUUUGAACGCAGGAACGGAUCUGGAAGAGAUUGCAGCUGAUUCUGGGAGGGAUCGCUGGUCCCUGGUGGUUGGUUGGGCACAGUUCAAACGCUUACUGACCUGCGCCACGCUGUAAACCAGGAACAGAUCCCGUGUGUUGGAUGCAGCGGUGGAGCUGGAAGUGUGAUAAUGAAUGAGUCCCUUCAGACCAUGAUGUAUUUGGUUCCAGUCUGAUUUCAAUCGCAACCUGUUUUUCAUUUGUUUCCGUGUUUGUGAGAGGUAGCAGAUGGAUUUCCUCAACGGCCGCUGUCCAUGAUGUAAAGUGAAUUAAAAGUGUUGUGUCUUCAUACGUUGUUUUUAAAAAAAAGAGAGGCACUGGAAAUCAUUAGUGGUUGAUGAGGAUAGGUUAGCCCAUGUUAGAUGUGGAGAAGGAUUACUGGGGGUCAGCUCAGACCUUCCUCCAGUGUCUCGACACAAACCUUUGUAGUUGGACUCGAAUAAAAGGCUGGUGUUUGUUUCAGAAAAAUAAAUGUGCACAGAAAGCGAGGAAUAAAAACACGAGCGUGCGUGUGUGUGUGUGUGUUGUAUGCAUUUCUGCACCAACUCAAGUGGAAUCGGCCGCGUGUACAUGUGAGCUUCCAUGGUGUUAAUUUGAGUCUCGUAGGUUGAAGGAAUGGGACAAAUGGACAAAGUGUAAAUGCAGUGAUAUAUCUAAUAUGCAGUAACUUCAAGCCACCGAUUAUUACGUAAGCCAUCGAAUCGUCAGCUGCUCUGUGAUCAUGUAUGUUUGCAACAGGGUCUGAGGAUUUUGCACAGCUACAACUGUUUCAGGUUCACGGUCACAGCGUUUUAUACAUUUAUACUCGUAAAGCUGACUUCACCAACACACAUGAUGUUUUUCCCUUUUGCUAGAAUGCUUUCCAUGGGACAGUUAAACAAGAUAUUGAUUUCCGGAGUUACACGCUACAAUAUUCAUAUUCAUACUAUGGCUUGUGAUGGCAAACUGUUUAUGAUAAAAUAUUAGUAUCAUCAUGUACGGCUUAUUCUGUGAACGCCUAAAUAAAAUUCAGAUGAAGCUGA